GUCACUCCCACUCCAUCUCCGCCAGUGCGUGUGUAAGCGUUUGGGAAGGAGGGUGUGCGGACGAAUUUCAAGGCAUCAUGGCUUCAGCUCAAUCUGGAGACCUCAUUGCCUGGGAUUAUGUGGCUAUUGCUGUAUAUUUCGCGCUCAACCUGCUUGUGGGAGCUUACGCCUUGUGUCGACCCAACAGAGGGACUAUUUCUGGAUACUUCUUGGCAGGUCGCUUCAUGUGGUGGCUGCCGGUGGGUGCCUCCCUCUUCGCCAGCAACAUCGGCUCGGAACACUUCAUCGGCAUGGCGGGUUCGGGAGCAGCCAGUGGCAUUGGUAUCGGUGCUUUCAACUUUAUCUCCAUCAUCUUGCUGCAGCUCAUGAGCUGGAUCUUCUUGCCUGUCUUCAUCGCCAGCGGGGUGCGCACAGUGCCAGAAUACAUGAACAAAAGGUUCGGUGGCCAGAGGAUCCAGGUGUACCUCGCUGUGCUAUCCCUCAUGCUGUACAUCUUUACCAAGAUAUCGGUCGAUUUGUAUUCCGGCGCGUUAUUCAUCAAUCAAGCUCUCAAAUGGGACAUCUACGGGUCCAUGGUGGCGUUGCUGGCACUGACUGCGCUUUUCACCGUGACGGGGGGUCUGGCGGCCGUCAUCUACACUGACACCCUGCAGCUGUUCAUUAUGUUGGGCGGCGCCUCAUUCGUCAUGGUCAAAGCCUUCCAAGAGGUGGGUGGGUAUGAGGCCCUGCAGUACAGGUACAUGCAAGCUGUACCAAAGCUCACCUAUGAGAACACCAGCUGUGGCCUGCCAAGAGAUGACUCCUGGAUAAUGCUGAGGCAUCCUGUGAACUCUGAUCUGCCGUGGCCAGCUUUUUUGUUGGGGCAGACCCCAGCCUCCAUCUGGUACUGGUGUGCUGACCAAAUGAUGAUCCAGAGAGCGUUAGCAGCCAAGUCUUUGUCCCAUGCCAAGGGAGCCACUGUGUUUGCCUCCUACGUUAAGAUAUUGCCUUUCUUCAUCAUCAUUCUUCCCGGCAUGAUCUCCCGCGCGCUAUUCCCAGAUGACGUGGCCUGCGUUCUGCCGGAAGAGUGCAUGCGGGCGUGUGGGUCGAAAUCUUCGUGUUACAAUUCUGCUUAUCCGCGGCUCGUGGUGGGUAUCAUGCCAGCGGGACUGAAGGGCAUCAUGUUGGCGGUCAUGCUGGCGGCACUGAUGAGUGAUCUUACCUCCAUUUUCAACUCCACCUCCGCCAUGUUCACGCUGGAUCUCUGGCCACGUCUGCGUCCCAAAGCCAAAACUCGAGAGCUACUGAUAGUUGGAAAACUUUUCGUGGUGGUCCUCGUGGCUGUGUCUGUAGCUUGGGUUCCUAUUAUUGAAGAGAUCCAGGGAGGACAAUUAUUCAUCUACAUACAGAAAGUAGGUGCCUACCUCGCACCUCCAAUAGCCGCCGUAUACCUCGCCGCAAUACUUUGGAAACGCAUGAAUGAGAAGGGAGCUUUUUGGGCUCUCAUGGUGGGACUCUUUGUAGGACUCAUACGCAUGGUUCUGGACUUCUCUCAUCCUCCCCCAUCAUGCAAAGAGGAUGAGUAUCGACCACUUGUGAUACGGCUGAACUUCAUGUACUUUGCUAUGAUACUCUUCUGGAUAACUAUAUUGACAGCAGUGGUCGUUUCCCUCUUCACUGAACCUCCUGAGAACUUCAGGAUAAUACGGACAACAUAUCCUACCAGACUGGACAAGAGACAGCGAGAUGAUGAGAUGGAGGAGAAGAUUGCUUUGACACACAUUGCUCAAGACACGUCUCCUCCAACGGGUCAGACUGAAGAGAUCAGCUCAUCAGGAACUCACACCAGCAGAGCAGCAGAGGACUACUGGGUAAAGAAGAGCAAGAGGUGGUGCCUGUGGGUGUGCGGGUUGCAAGUGACACCCCAAAACACUGCCAGCGAAGAAGAUCACUUGCAGUUCCUUACUUCUCUGAAUGAAAAUCCUCACGCAAAACUUUUCCUCAACAUUAACUUUGUAAUAUUAGUAGCCGUUGGCAUAGGACUCUUUGCUUACUUCACAAUAGAUCCUUUUCCAACCGAUGUUAACCCAAGGGAAUAUGAGUACCUGCCAGCAUAGGCCUGGUACAGCAUUGUAACAUUCUCAGAUUUAUACGUUUUGUAUUACUUUUUACACCGUAAAGUUUGUACUUGCGCUAUUUUUUAUGCGUAUAUUUUUUUUUUAUUACAGGAUCAGUGGUUGGUGAUGUGUGUGCAGGUUUUAACGAUGCAGAAUUUUUUAUGAGCUUGUACUUUCAGGUAGAGAAGUUUUGUACUUUCUUAUGUGGCAGGUUAUCAGUAAUAAUGGAGAAAGUAAAUUUUCUUUGUUAAAGUAUUUCCAAGCCAAAUUAUUUCAGGAUUAUUUUUUUACAUAAUCCAUAUGAGUAUUAAAACUGCAUCGUUUAACUUCAAAGUAUAAACACACACACACACACACACACACACACACACACACACACACACACACACACACACACCAGAGUCAGGUCAGAGGUCAUUUGGGCAAGGCUUCUAUCUAAGUGCGUGGCCCAUGUUCACCUAGCAGUGAUUAGGUUGUGACUCGCUGCUAGGUAGGAGAAACAAACUCCGAAUAGAAAUACAGAAAUACACAGUGUGGUCUGACGACCCCGGGCCUAGGUCACUAGGCUUAUCUUAUCUAUCGCUACCCUAGCAGUCAUGUAUGGGGUUGUCAGAUACAAGUAUGGGGUUGUGUAGUUGUAUGAAAUUAUGAAUGUUGAGGCGGGUUCACAUGUGUUAAUAUGCGCCGCGGGUGGUAAUGCUAUAGUCGUUAAAAGUAUCGACAGAGCCCUGCUAGCCGGAACAUGUUCACACAUACCGGCAGGGAAGUAUAGGCUGGUUGGCUUACAUUUCUUAUAAGAAGAGUGUUCAUCUUAACAAAAGAUUAUGUACAAUUGCAAUCAAAUAAAUUAAAUCAUCGCAAGUAUUCAAUCCUAACCUCCAACAACACCUUGAAGAGAAAUAACCAGUCAUCGGAGAAUGGCAGCCAUCUCACCGAAUGUAGUUCUACGUGGGUGUUUUUCCUGUACUACUUAUUUUUUCGGUUCCCAGGCAUGCUAUUUGUCCCUCAUUAAAUCCAAUAUCUUCUCUGCCUCUGAGCACCACAUGUUCAAACCUUCCUUCGUGACGUGACUAUGUAAACAAAGCCGCUAGCGGCUGGACAAGACUGAAGUUUCGGUCCUGUUUUGCUUGUAGCAUCUCCACCUGCUAGCCACCAAUACCUAGCCGAUAGACUCGGAUAGAGUCCAGUAGGUAGAAUUGCCACACGCAUAUUGACACAUGUGAAUCCGCCUUUAGUAUAUGAGGAUAUGUAUAAGUAUGUUAAUAUGUAGAAUUUUCAGUUGACUCUGUCAACUGCCAUUCCAAAUAAACCAAAAUAUUAUUAUUAUUACACACACACACACACACACACACACACACACACACACACACACACACACACACACACACACACACACACACACACACACACACA